AUGAGUCACCAUUUUAAAAAUGAUGGUAGUUAGUUAGCUUACCAUGCUAGUCCUUCACGUACUAUGCAAGAGGUUUCUGAACUAUCCAGAGAAUAAGCAGCUAAGAAACUACAGGAGAAGAAAAUCUAAGAAUUGGAGUAUAAAAUCAAACAGUCUGAGAUCAUUAUAUAGAGACAACAAGCACAAUUGAAUGAUGCUACUAUGGAGGCUGCCAAAGUAGGUAGGUAGUUUUAAGAUGCUCUGAAUGAUAUCAAUUAGUUAAGAUAAUCGAGUGAAAAGAAAGAUUAAUAAAUAGGAAUGUUGUUGGAAGAAAAUGAGAAGGUAGUCAAGGUCUUAGAGAAGCUCAAAUAGGAUUAGAAGAUUAUCAAUGGAGAUUAAAAUAAGACUAUACAGACUCUAGAGCAAUAAGUGCGUGAUCGUUAUUAGGUUGAAAAGAGAAUGAACGAUGAUAUACAAUAGAAGGCUAUUCAAAUAUCGAAUUUAUAGUUGUAACUUUAAGAGCAAUUGAAGGAUAAGGACGCAAUUAUCAAUGACCUCAGAGAAAAAUUAAUUGUUUCAGAGAAGCAAUGGUCAACAGAUGCAUCACUUGGACAUUUGGCAAGGAAAAGAGGCAAGUAAAUUGAGACUCUCACUCAUUCUAAUAAUGAAUAACAAUUAAAAAUAUAGGAAUUGUAAAAUAAGGUUUCCAUGCUGUUAGAAUAAAAUAAUAAUUUAUAAAAUACAAUUCAAAAAGAUAGUAACAGGAUUGAAGAGUUUAAGAGUUUAAUCAAACAAUAGGAUGAGAAAUAUAGAGAAUUAUUGGAAAAACAGAAUGAAAUGAAUGAGUAGAAAAUCGAGAAAUUGAAAUAAUAGCAUCAAGUGGAGGUGUAAAAUAAGAUGGAUACAUUGGAAGUUAUCAAGGUUGAUUUAAAUUAGAAGGUGAAUUAAAAUAUGAAAAAUUCCACUUUGCCUAUAAUUGAAGAAUUGAAGUCAGCUAGAUAAACUAUAAAUAAUCUACAAAAUGAAGUCUAGAAACUAAAGUUGUAACAAUAUAAGUCACUCUAAGGAGAGGCAGAAAAUAUUUAAUAAGAAUUUGAGUAAUUGAACAAAAAGAAUAAUUAAUUGACAGAAUAACAAUUCUUAUUAUAAUAGAAGAUGAAAAAGGAUGAGAUUACAAAUAAAGCUAGAAUUGCAGAAUUGGAAAAGGCUAAUGAGAAAUUACAAUCUGUUUAAUAAUUAAAUGAAACUAAAAUAGAUGAAUUGCAACAGAAAUUGAAGGAGUUACCCAGAUUUAGAGAAAGAAGUUUAGAAAAUAUCAAAUUUCAUGUUGAUUCAACUAAAUAAACAUGUGAAUUAGAAAUGAAGAUAAGAAAAUUGUAAGAUAAAAAUGAACAAUUGAAUUAAGAAGUAAAAGAGAAGGAUUAGAGAAUUAGCUCAUUACUAGAUUAAGUGAAAUAGGCAUAAUAUGAAAAGGAGAAUGAAGUAUCUUUGAUCAGAUUAGAAUCAGCUCAGGAAAUUAGAGAAACUUAAGAAUAAAUGAAAAGGGAAUUACAAAUGUAAUAGAGAUUAUUUAAUGAUGCAUAAAAACCAUUUCAAGAUUAAAUGAAACAAGCAGCGUUAGAAUAACAAAAAGUGAAAUAAUAAUUGCAAAGACAAUAAAAUGAAAUCAAACAAUUAGAAAGUAGGAUUACAAGUCUAAUUAAUGAAAAUUAAUAAUUGCACAAUCACUAAGAUCAAUAGAGAUUAGUAGAGGAUCAAUUGUUGAAGGAGAAAUAGACUUUAGAACAUAAGUUGUUGGAUAGAUAAAAGGAGUUAGAAAAUUGGAAAGAUAAAUUUACUAGAACAACUAAUAAUUGUGAAAAACAAACAGAGAGAGCAGAAAGGGAAUAAAGUAGAGCAGAAGGCUUGCGAUUAGAGAUUAGCAGAAUGUAGAAGUAGUUGGAAUAAAUGGCUGAGUAAAAUAACAGUUUGGAAGUGAAGUUGUAGAAUUCAUUACAGGAAUCUCGAGUUCUCAAGAAUUAAUUAGUUGAGGGUCUAAGAAGAGAUUGUGGAUCUGGAAUGAAAUCUAAUAGUUUUAUUAAGACAAAGUGA